AUGUGCCCAAUGAUCCUCAAUCGCGCCUCCGAUGGCCCCGCCAUGGUCCUCUCCUCUUCCCAAGAACACGCCUUCGCUCAGUUCCCUUCUCAGUCCGCGCUGGAUGGGCCCGGCAGCUUCCAUAGCUACCCUGCAAGCCCCAGCUCCGUCUUCGCAAGCAAUGGCUCGGCCCAGCCUGCUCCGAGCUUGAACUUCGCGCCUGCUCCUCCCGUGCCCAAGUUUUCCCGUAAGAGGUCGCGUGACGAAGCUGCCUUCGAAGAGGCUUCUGGCCUGAAAGUCUUCUCCGAGCCGGCGCCUCCCCCGGCGCCAGAAGAGGAGCCCAUCUAUGGGGAAGGAAUGGUGUUGCUGAACCCCAGCACUGGUAUGGCAAUCUCUGCAGACAGUCAGACUGGCACAUGGUACGAAGAACAGGCCGAGUCGCAACAGACCACGGCGGCUGCGGACUCCUCGAGCUCGUUUGCGCUGCAGUCUGAUGCCGCGGACAUUAGCCGCAAGUCACAACGGCUAGAUAAAUCUGCUCCGGGCCUGGACGAUAUUGCGCUUUGCUCAAUUCAGCAGCGCCUGAACGGCCCCGAGGCCGACCAGCACCGCACUCUCAACGCUGGACCUGCACCUCCCGCUGAGCCACUCAUUGACGAUGCCACCCGCCUCCUCGGCAUCAGCUGGCAGCGUAUUGAUACCGAUGGCGAUAUGGCACCGGCUGUCCGUGGUUGGACCAAGUAUAUUGACAACCAAUACUCGGACUAUCUGCGCGACUCGCAGAUACUCAUAAAAAGCCGCGCCCUCAAUGCCUACCUCGUUGCAGCAAUGCCCACCAAUGCGUUCUCGCCCGCCUUCUAUCUUUUUAGCGACGACCUUACCCAAGCUCAGCUCGUGGCAUCUUCGUGGGAAGCAUGCUUGCACAAUCUGCGCAGCACCCCAAUCAUCUUCGAGGGCAGCGGUCCUCUCGUCGCCUCAUCUCGAUCCAACAGUCCUCCAGCAACCACCCCCUUCAGCGCUGUAGAAGGUGGCGUACCGCUUCUUCAACAAGCCAUGUCAAACAAUGCUCCAUCCAGGAAUGACAUGGGAAUGGGACUAAACGGAGGCGUCGAAAUGGGAAUGGAGAUCGACUCGUAA